AUGUCCGGCGGCCGGAGGAGGGGCGGCGCCCCCUGGCACAGCUUUUCCCGAUUCUUUGCUCCCCGAAGCCCUUCCCGGGACAAGGAAGAGGAAGAGGAGGAGAGGCCGGGGACAAGCCAGCCGCCCGCGCCGGGCCGGGACGCUGCCAGUGUUGAAAAUGAGCCCAUGAGCACAAGUCAGAAAAAGGAAAAUGUACUUUCAUCAGAAGCAGUAAAGAUUCCCCAAAGUGAGGACAAAAGGACCCAGACCCAGCAGCUGAUCACUGUUCCAACACAGGAAGAUUCCAGAAAGCCCAAUGACCUUUCCAGUUCCACUCCAGAGGCCAAAAUGGGGGAGAGCGAUAAACAGCCAAAAGAAAGCUUCUUCCAGUUUCUAGGCAACUUAUUCAGUAUCUCAGGAAAGUCUUCUCUCGGUGAAGCCAAGCAGUCUUCUUUCAAAGAUGAACGUGACAGACCCGAGAAAGACUUACGAAGUCCCAGUCGUCACGAGGAGGGGGGCCACAGGGAAGGUGUUGGCGGCCCCCUGAGAACCCAGGCACUUCCAACGGAGGAGCAGGAGCCCAGCUCAGCCGAACUCUCGGACGCCUUUUCUUUGGACACAACGCAAGACAGUGAGCAGGAGACCGGUGACUCGCUGAAACAAAUGGAUGGUAAAUCAGAGAGGCCUUUAGUAACAUAUGCAACCUACCGAGGCCCCAGACAAAUUCAGAAGUAUUUGAAGCAGCAGACAGUGCCGGAAACCGUGAAUCCCUUAGACAGAGAAAAUGCAAGUUCUGACCCUAGUACAAGCACACAUCGUGGCCCUGGAAGUGAGAUGGAGGCUGGAAUGGUGCUAUUACUGUCAUCAGCUAGCACAGGCAUACCUGUGGAAGGACAAGUGCCUGAAGGCCAGUUAGAAGACUCUGAUUGUAACCACAGAGCUCUCAACACAGAAAGCCAUUCAACAAACAACCAAGGGUUGACCAACAUGGCUUCUUCCAGGGGUGUUUUAAAUAAAGCCUCUCCUGGGGGACCCGAGACAAGUAGAUCAUCCUGUUCUGUGACUAGCUCCAGCUCCACUUCUGGAGACUCUGACUCACGGCAACAUUUGAGUUGUGCACCAGGUUCUCAGACGGACAGAAAUUUGGGAUGUUCCGCAUUGUUUACAGAAAGCAACAGCAGCAAAAUUCCUCACAGUCCGGACUUGCAGAGGACAGCAACGCCAGGAACUAUGGUGAAACGAACCAGCCCCUUGAUGAGUGAUGGGACACCAGUGCAGGCCGAGAACCCUGCCAUUUCUGACUGCUCUUGUAGUAAAUCUGAUGGGAGUGGCCCUACCACACAUGGAAGUGCAGAUUUGCCAAGUCCAAAUAAAUCAAUUAGGCGUGAAGCUCCGCAGUUGCCAGAGAGUAAGUGUUCUGACAAGCAAGCGGGAGAGAACUCAUCAAAGCAGGCUGCCCAUCACACCGGCCCCAUGGCUUUCCAGAAACAAGCUGUAACAGACACAGAACUUGUAAAUGCCGGAAACAGAUCAUCUGCCCAAGACACACAGAAAUAUGUGGCUCCUGCAGAAAUCAAGCAAGAAACGGGAAACACGUCAGUCGAGGAACCCACUACUUCAAGUCAUGUGAAAGCUCCAGAAGAUCGAAUCGAGUCAUUACACAAAGAUACUGACCCACUAUCACUAACAGAAGUCACAAACCUUGUUAGGCCACACGACAAAGUGCCUCCCUUUAGGGUGAAUCAAAAGGAAGCUGCCUCUGUAAAACACACCAGUGAAUCAGUAGUUGUAACAUGCUUAGAAAAUAAAACAGCCCCUGAACUGAAUAGAAAUCACAUUUCAGAAUCCCUUCUUGACUCUGAGAGUCCUCAACAAGCCAAAGCGUCACCUGAUGCCAGGACAUCUCCCAGCCUUGGGCAUAAAAAGUCAGAUUUUAGCGCUUCACGCCCUACCUGUGUUUCCAGAGUUGGCAUGCUGAGCCAGGAGGACAUCUCUAUUUCAAAGAAUGAAGGUUCUUCUGUGCUCGCUGAAACUGGAGAUGUCAACAUUGUUGGUAUCUCCAGUCAGCCUUGUCAGUGUCAACAUGAACAUGUGGCAAAUCACGUGGAGGCCACAGACGGGAAGAGUCUCCCUGCGUGCCUUCACUCUGAGCAUGCACCUGCAACUCUUGAGUCCAAGGAGGUUCUUCCUGAUAGGGAGAGUUGCCAGUUUCCACUGGAUCUCGAAGCCAGUGACGCCAACAUACCUGCAGCGGACUUGAGCUCUGAGCCUGCAAGCCUCUCCAGGGGGCACAGUUCCACUUCAUCUCAAGACCCUGAAAAAGCAGAGUCGGUGCUACCUAGCACCGCAGCAAGUGAGAGCACUGCAGACAAGCUUGAUUCUUCUUUCUCCUUGGAAACCAAAGCUGAUAGCAUUGCAGAAAUGUCACCAGAAGCUGACAUUGGUGGUCAGAGCAAUGUUCCUGUUAAGUCACAUUCUGGCAGAGGAAAAACUCUAAGUCUCUCCGAGAUCCCUGUUUCCCGAACAGAGCCCAGAGACAUUUCUCAGGAUGAAAUUUCUUCUCCACUUGAAAUCACAGGAGUGCCAGCAAAUCCUGCUUUAUCAGAAUUGACUUCCCUAGAAGUUGAACAGGACAAAAUUUUUCAGUUAGUGGAUCAUGAGGAGAUGAAAGAGAAAUAUUUAGAUGCCAGCCUGAAAGAGAGUUGCCAAACUGAGGUUUCACCUUCUGCCUCUAAAUAUCAGGGUGUACAGGGGGCUGAGGUGGGAGCCUUCAGUUCUCUACCUGCUCAUCUCCAGAGUAAUAGACCUGAGACUUCACCUCCUGUUCAUGAUGAGAAAGUUAACAGGCAGAUAGCACAGAAUUGUGCAGCCAGGGCUUCUGUGAUCCAUCCACCUUCAGUUCCUUGUGGGAGCAAACAGAUUUCUGAUUUUUCAGAACUCUGCUUAGCUAAUACUUCCCCCAAAUCCCAAGAAACCGACAGCACAAAAGCCAAGUCACCUUUUCUGGGUUCUGGUAUCAGUUUGGGAAAAGAGGCUUUUGCAUCUGAGGAUUCAAGUUUCCUUCCUAAUCCUUCUGUGCUGAGACCAGAAAAGAGAGCCUCAUCUCCCAGAAAGAAAGAGGAUGCUCAUUCGCUAAGAGGUGGUACUCACAGCCUGCCUUCCUCCUCCAGUAACUCUGAAGUUAGCAUGGUUAGAAGUUCAUGUAACCCCGCAAAUAAUUUUAGUUCUAUAAAAGUCCCCGUAGAUGCCCCACAUGAAAGUGCCUCCUCAAGUAACCUGCCGGACCCUAAUCGCUCUUAUUUGGAACCGGAAGCAUCUGUCCUCACAGGGGCAGAAGUCACCCCACCUCAGGACCAUCUGGGGGAUCCUACUGGGAUGGAAUCUCUUGAUUUCCCAACUGCUGCCCAGUUUGACAAUCCCUUGGAAGCAGCGACUGGAGCAGUUGCUGGGACCCCAGCGUCAGUUAACAGCUCAAGCCAGCAGUGUUCUGAGGCCUCUGCUAAGCAUGUAGAAGCGAGGAGCACAGCACAUGCCCAACUUUUGGACCUCGAGAGUGAUUUCUGUAAAAAGGCUGUUACAUUGAUUGGGGAGGCCUUUAAUUCUGUCAGGGAAGAGCUAAAAUCCAAACACUCAGUCAGUACCUGCCAGGAACCUAGAGCCAUAGACGGCAUAAUGAAUCCAGGUACCCUGGAAGAAGACAUCCCUAAGAAAAACCCAUCAGAAGUAACACUGACAGAGAUCCAGCCCACAGAGCAUUUGGAAGAGCAGGCUGUGGAAAACAUACCUGAAGUCCACGGGGAAGAAAAGGCCUGUGUUUCACCUGUGGCUGGUGAGAACAGUCUCCUUUUUGAUUCUGAUAAAAUGAAUGUAUGUUGGUUGUUAGAGGACCGAGCUAGGGAAUUAGUCAAUCAGAUUAUUUAUUCAGCCCAAGAAACUGUAGCAAAUGAUGCUCAGGGUACCUCGGAUUCUGAACUUCAGGCUAAUACUUCAAAAAUUCUGAAUAGUGAUAGUGUUAAGCCAUGUGAUAUGGUAAGAGAGUUCUUGGUGUCAGAACAGGCAAUAAAUCAAAGCACAUGUGAAAUCAGUGAGAAAGUAUUAGGUAGAUUCUUUGCUGUAAGUAACUUAGGUAGUGACACAGAGUCAAUAAGAGGAAGAGAAAUUGUUCUCUACCAAAAAUCCCCCUUUUCAGGAACUAGAGAUGGGCAGUCUGAUAGUAUAAAUUUGCAGGAAUCAGAUACUGUUUUACUAGCUGAAAACACACCCCUUACAAGGUUAGGUGAUAAGGCAAAAACACACUCAUUUCUCAAGGAGGACUCUAAAGAGAAAAUGGGGACAGAGUGUGUUGAUCAUCACAAACCUGAGACAGAGGAUACAAGAACUCUUGUUUUAAAUUUCGAAUGGCCUCCAUUUGUAAAUGAUGACAUUCAUGUACCUGGGACAUCUAACAGCAGCUUGUCUGAUACUUCUGUAUGUUUAUCUGAAAAAAGCUUGCCAGGACACGGUAACAAAAGCACACCCCUUGCAAUGUCAGAAGUAGGGAAAAUACACAAGGACACUGAAGUAAAUAUUGGAAAAAUUGAGCUUAUACCUUCCAUGUUAGAAAUGGGAAAACCAAAUAAGAAGGAUGCUGAGUUGAAUAUUAUGAAAUAUGAGGCAGUCCCCCCAGUGUCAGAAAUGGGAAGAGCACAUAAAAAGGAUGCCAAAUUGAGUACCUCAGAAACUGAGCGAACAGCUGAAAUUCCUAAAAUGCGAGAAGCAUACCAAAUGGAUGCUGAGAGGUAUAUUGAAAAAACUGAGGGAUUGCCUGCCACUUUAGAAAUGGAAAAUAUUUGCCAAAAGGAUGCUGAAGGGGAUAUUGCAAAGACUGAGGUGACACCUGUUACAUUAGAAAUGGAAAAUAUUUACCAAAAGCAUGCUGAGGGGGAUGUUGGUAAGAUGGGAAUGACGUCGGUUGUGUCAGAAAUGGACAGUGUCUACCAAAAAGAUAUUGAGGGGACUGCUGAAAAGCCUGAGUCAAUACCUGCCACACUAGAAAUGGAAAGUAUUUAUCAAAAAGAUGCUGAAGGAAAGGUGGACAAAACUGGGAUGAUGUCCCUUACUUUAGAAGUGGUAAAUGUCUACCAAAAAGAUGGUAAGGGGAUCACUGCAAAGACUGAAGGACCUUUAUUAGACUUAGAAAGCAGUUACCAAAAUGAUGCUGAAGGGGUUAUUCGGAAAACUGAAAUGAUGCCUCCUUUUGUGUUAGAAAUGACAGAAGCACCCCAGAAGGCAGUACCUGCCUCCUCUGAUACAUGUAAGGGAGAUGUGAAGGGGACAAGUGGGGAAACUUUGUCCACACCCUCUAAGAGAGAAAUGGAAAGCACAUUCCCAGAAGAUUCUGAUGGGACCAUCAGGAAACACAGAGUGUUUCCCACAGCAGUCAGCUCUGAGAAAAUACACGGAACAGGUCUGGAGAUGCCCGUUGUACAGGCGGAGGCCACAUCUCCCAUAUCUGAGGCUGAAAAAGCAUACCAGGAGGAUGCUGACAGGAGCGGCAGAGAAGUGGAGAAAGAGUCUACUGAAACGAAGACAGGCUUGAUAGCGCGUGACAUUAGACUCGCCUCGUGCUUCGGGGGCUAUGAAUCGCCUACCUUAAGUAAGGAUUAUGAAGGCUACCCAGCCCUAGCAGUGCCGGGCUUUCAGCCCGAGGGGAGCAUGGGAAGGCUGGACAGGAAAGCAUCUGUGACUGCAGUUCAUAAGAAAGCAAGAGACCUAGAGUGUGGCGACGAAAAGGAAGAAGCUCACUUAGCCUUCGUUUCUCAGGAGGAGCAGGAAAAUUCCUCCUUCACUAUCUUGUAUGAGGAGCCCCUCCAGGAUGAGGACAGGGAGACGCCCGCCGAGGUAAGAGGGGCACACUCCCUCCUGAUUCCUCGCACCGCUCCCGACUGCGUGCCUGGCGUCGCCUGUGAGAGGUCUGAGAGUAGGACUGACCUCGUCCAUCAUUUUGGAAAGGAAGCCAGAUUAGGUGAGGCAUUCGAUAGUGACAGUUCGGAAACCUUCUUAUCGGUAGAGGCCAAGAGGUUCAAGGUCUAUCCCUUGGCUUUGUCUCCCAUUUACGAGGACGACAGCUCUCAGGAGGACAUUCUGUCCAGCGAGGUCUCCCCUGGUCGCCACGGCGCCUCGAAAUCGAGGGAGAAUGCAAACCAGCCCUCUUCUGUACUAUCGCUUCUCCAGUCAGUGUCGGAGCGUCUAAAGAUGAAUUUUGAUGAAGGUGACAGACAGGAGGGCGGAGAAGAGGAAGGGGGGGAAGAGCCGCUGCAUAAAGGACGUCUGAGAGCCCGAAGGCAGGAACCUGUUACCUUCAAGCGGCCAGAUUCUUCCCUUACAUCUUGCUCUGAUGAUGACCAGGAGAGCACUGGAGUCUCUGAGAAUUCCUAUGUGAUGUCAAAGGAGCCUGCUACCUCUAACCUGCAGAUUGGUCUGUGGCCAGAAAAGGCCUCGUUUCUGCAAAAAUCUGACCUUACUUCCAAACUACAUUCUUCUCUAAAGAGUGCUUAUCAUCAGUAUUUGCAGACCUCUAAAACCCAUUCCUCAGAGAAAGGAGCCAGAUUCGGUGGAAUUUUUCAGGAACCAGUGUCAAAGUAUUUCCGCGCUCAAGACACCCCUGGCCGAUUAAGCCCAUUCACAGAGAAUGUUGACAGACAAACCCUGAAAUGGAACCCAAGGCCUGGGAAGAUGGUUAUCUAUGAUCUCCAUGGAAGAAAAUAUAAACAAGAGAUCUACUGUAAUAUUCCUGAUGCUACAUCUUGGUCUUAUCCAAGUGGGGUACUGAUAAAAGUUGUAAGGGGCUGCUGGAUUUUAUAUGAGAAACCACAUUUCCAAGGUCAGAAAUGUGUUCUGGAAGAAGGAGAAAAGGUGUUAAAUCGAGACUGGCUUCUUCAGAACAGAAAGCAUCCACAAAGAAACUUUGUGUUGGGCUCUAUCAAACGUGUCUUAAAGGAUUGCAGUAUUCCAGAGAUAGAGCUUUGCCCACAGUCUGACCCGGCAUGUUGCCCUAUCUACAUCCAGCGAGCGGUCCCCAAUUUGGAAGAGCUGAAUAUUCCCAAAUCUGUGUCCUUCACCGUGAAGUCAGGCGUUUGGCUUGCCUACCCGGAUAUUAAUUUCAAGGGGCAAGCUAUAGUUUUGGAGGAAGACCAUGGACUUUUUGAGAUUUCUGCAGCAGAAAUGAAAUCAUUGCAUCCACUUCAAAUGGGUGGCCUGAAAGUGGAAAUGCCUAUGAACUUAAAGGUUAUUAUUUAUGAAAAACCUCACUUCCAUGGACAAGCCAAAGAGUUUAGUGAACACAUAGAUUCUGUCCCUAAUUUUUUAAAAAAUGAUGUAGACUUUCAUGGAAUUGGAUCAAUCCGUGUCAUCGGUGGAGUAUGGGUUGCCUAUGAAAAAGAACAUUUUAAAGGCCAGCAGUUCUUACUUGAAGAAGGAGAUUUUGAAGACAGUAAUGCCUUUGGGGCAUUAAGUGGUUCCAUCUUGUCUUUCCGGUACUUACAAGCUAAUUUCAUAGAAUCUUCAAUCACACUGUUUGAAUCUGAUCUAGAAAGUGGGAAGUUUAUUGACAUCACAAAUCAGGAAGUUUCUGACUUAGAAGAAAUUGGCUUUGGCAGUGAAACAAGGUCCAUUCAUGUUAAAAGUGGCGUAUGGGUUGCCUACCAGCAGAAGUUCUUCUGUGGAGAACAGUACAUUUUAGAGAAAGGGAAAUACAAGUGCUUUUUUGACUGGGGAGGAUCAAAUAAUACAAUCAUGUCAAUACGACCCAUCCAGUUGGAACCACUUGGGAUAAAUGAGCCUCCACAUUUGCUCAAAGCAUUCAGUAAACCAGGGUUCCAAGGUGAAUGUAUCGAUUUCACAAAAGAAGUUUCAGACUUGACUUCGUCAUUCAUGCCAUGUUCUUUUAAAGUUCUUCGGGGUUGCUGGCUCCUGUAUUACCAAGAGGGUGUCUCCACUAACCAGUGUGUGUUAGAAGAAGGCCUCUAUGCCGACCUUACUUCCUGCGGCUGCCCAACAUCUAGAGUCAAAUCCCUGAAGCCCAUUGACUACGUUUUUGAAGAGCCCUUCCUUAGCCUUUUUGCCCUGGAACACUGUGAGGGGAGAGAGUUACAUCUAGAAGAGGCUGUGAACUCUGUUCUGAACAAGGACCUGUACUUCUACACCCAGUCCGUGUGGGUGAAAAGUGGACUGUGGAUAGCUUAUGAAGGACCCAAUUUCUUAGGAAGACAAAUCCUGCUCGAGCCUAAUGAGAUCCCAAAUUGGAGAGCAUUCAGUGGAUGGAAAACCAUUGGUUCCCUCCGUCCUGUGAAGCAGCCCGCAGUGUACAUCAGAAUAAGGAACCGAGCCCAGAAUGGGUACCUAACAGUCACCGGAAACGUGGCCGACACCAGGGCAACCUCUGUGUGCAUCUCUCCCUACAGCGGGAAGAAUACUCAGAUCUGGCACUACUGCCGAGGGCUCUUUAAAUCCAAGGCCAGUGACACGUGUCUGGACGUCAUCGGUGGUCGAGACACACCAGGAGCUAAAGUCGCCCUCUGGACGGAACACGGGCAGUUCAGGCAGAAGUGGAGACUGAACAGAAACGGGACCAUCAGCUCCUACCUCAGUGAUCAGCUGGUCCUUGAUGUUAAAGGAGGAAAUUAUUAUGACAAAACUCACGUAAUUGUAAACCAGCCCCUGGAGGGAGAAGAAACACAGAAAUGGGACAUUGAAAUAUUGUGA